CUACUUCUUCGACACUGGCGUACGUCCAGAGCUUCAUGGAGUUCCCUGCUGCGCUCAAGUGCGCCGCCGUCGCAACCGAGCUCGUCGGAACUGCGUUCGGGCUCAUAACCAACAUCAAUCAGGCGCUUGAGAAGGCACGCCAAAACAAGGCGGAGUACCAACACCUCAAGCAGCGCCUGCCGACGAUCGGCUACGUGCUGCAUCGCCUGCCGCCGGACCCGGAGUUGGAGCCGCUGCUUGCCCCGCUGAUCAACAUGCUGCAAGAGGCGUACGACGUGCUGGUCAGUUGCCAGAAGCGGAGCUCCACCAACCAGCUCAUCCGGGCUAGCAUCCAUGCCGACAGGUUAAGGUUAGUCAACGACAGGAUCGACUCCCACCUCCUCCUCUUCCCCGUCAUCUGCUAUGCCGCCAUCGCCCGCCGCCUCGACGACAAACCGAGCUGCUCCUGUGCUGGCUCCCAGCACAAGCUGCAGGACGUGUGUAAGAUCCUCGAAAUCGUCCCUAUCAACCACACCAGCGAGGUGCGGGGCUGCUCCUCUGCUGGCUGCCUGCAGGAUGUAGAUGACGCGUUUGUGGCGGAGCGCGAAGGCAACCACACCAGCAAGGUCCCCGGCUGCUCCUCUGCUGGCUCCAUGCAAAACUGGGAGGACGUGUUGGUGGCGGAGCUCAAACCCAUCCAUACCAGCGAGGUGCCCAUGCCGGGCAGCUCCUCUACUGGCUCCAUGCCCAAGUGGGAGGAAGCGUUGGUAGCAGAGGGCAAACCCAACAACACCGGCGAGGUCCCAGGCUGCUCCUAUUCUGGCUCCAUGCAAAACUGGGAGGACGUAUUGAUGGCGAAGCUCAAACCCAGCCAUACCGGCGAGGUGCCCGUGCCUGGCAGCUCCUCUGCUGGCUCCAUGCCCAAAUGGGAGGAAGCAUUGCUGGCGGAAGGCAAACCCAACAACACCAGCGAGGUCCCGGGCUACUCCUCUGCUGGCUCCAUGCAAAACUGGGAGGACCUGUUGGUGGCGGGGCUCAAACCCAACAACAUGAGCGAGGUGCCGGGCAGCUUUUCUGCUGACUCCAUGCAAAACUGGGAGGACCCGUUGUUUGCGGAGCGCCACACCGGCGAGGUCCCGGAAGUCGGCAUGAUCGUCUACGAGCAGGGCCAUAUGAACAACACUCUCAAAGACCACCUGGUACACGGUGUCUGGUCGCCGGUCACGGAGUCCUGGAGGACCCGCCUGGAGGUGCUUCUGGGUGCAUCCCGGGGCGUAGAGCACAUGCACCGCUGUGCGAUCAUCCACGGCAACGUGAGCUCGUCCAACAUCCUCCUGGAUGCCAACUGGAAGCCGCGCCUGUCCGGCUUCCUCGGCGUACAUGUCUUGCAAGCGGGCCAGCUUGUCGUGGAGGUUGUCGACCUGGAGUACCGCCGCACGGGACUCAUGAGCCCGACCUGUGACGUGUACAGCUUCGGCAUUGUCAUUCUGGAGGCGUUGACAGGGCGGCUGCCAGUCAGCGGCAGCUGGGGGAAGGGGGAGGACGUCGUGACCCUGGCGGAUUCAACGCUCUCAUUCAUUCAAGGCGGUAAUCUGCGGGCUGUGUUGGACGGCCGCCCGGUGUUGCAACCCAUGAUACAUUUGGAUGCGCUGAAUCUCAUGGCGCACACAGCGAUGCUCUGCCUGUCACGAAACGAGAAGGACCGGCCGCCAAUUUCAAGCGUCACGGUAAACCUCGAGGGGGCGCUCAGGAUCAUGCGCAACAAUGGGCCUAUGAAUGUAUUGCGAGUUUGAGCAGAUCCAAUG